AUGAAUUAUAUGAGCAAUGAAUCUGAAAUCAUAGAUUAUAAUGGUUCUUAAGAUAUAUAAGAAUCUUUUGCAGUUGUCACAACACGUGUUGGAGUUCCUAAAGUAAUUGAAGAUUCCUCCUAAAUUCCUGAAAUUUUAUAAAUAAUGUCUGGCUUGAUGUAUUCAUAACAAUAUAGAGGACUUUCAUUCUAAAAGGUUCAACCUUAACUUUCUUUUUUAUAAGGAUAGGAAGAUAAAAGUGGAAUUUUAUAAAAUGAUUAAUUAAGAGGAUUGAAUUCAGAUAGAACUGAAAAUAAUGCAACCUUAACAUCAUGUUAUAUGUAAUCAGGUUUGUUUAUGCAUGAAAAUUUUGUUUAACAUGAAGGAUUUAUUUUAAAAAAAACAUAAAAAUUAUUAUAACCAUUUAAAUAGAUAUAUUGUCAUUUUUAGGAUGGAAUUUUAAGUUUUUAUUCAAAUUAAUAAAAAUAGAAGGCUCGUUUUGUACUCAAUCUUGGUCUAUUCAAUUUCUAAUAUUAUUAGAAAUAAAUUGUUAACUGUGAUAUCUAUGAGUUUGGAUUAAAAUGUACUAAUGAUGAUAAAAUUUUUUAAUUUAAAGGAAUUAAUAACAAUUAAUGGUUCUAUUUGAUUAAAAAAUUUAUAGAUAAUAAUAGAAAAUUGCCAAUAAAUAAAUUUUAUCUAAAUCCAUUUAAUAAUUAUUAUAAAAAAAGAUUAAUUACAAAUGAUUAAUUUAGAUAAAUGAGUUAAACUGGAGAUAUUCUAUUAUUUCAAACAAAAUCUUGCAGUUCCAAAAUAUAACGAUUAUUAACUAGAUCAAAUUACGGUAUUAUUUAGUUUUAUUAAAAUAGAUCAUGUUGCAAUGAUAUUAAAAUAUUAAUCUGGUGCAAUAUAUGUAUUGGAAGCUACCAAUUAAAAUGGAGUGGGAAUAUUUAAUUGGGAUUCCAUGAUUAAUCAAUUAUGGUAUGAAUUAUAUUCAAUGUAAUAAAUUUUGUUAUCUAUUUAAUAGGGUUGUAUAUAGAUAGCUUCAAAUAAUUCGAAACGCAGAUUUUUUAUUAUAAAUUGAAAAAUUUGUAAAAGAAAACGUUGGAAGAUAAUAUCAAUUAAGUGUUACGAAAUUAUUACAAGAUAAAUCUAUAAUUAUAACAUCAUAAAAUUAGAAUUAAGAUCCAACUUAUUUUUGCUCAUAGUUAAUUGCAAAAAUAUAUAAAUAAAUAGGAUUAUUAACUUAAGAUAAAUCUGCUAAUUAAUAUUGGCCUGGAUCCUUUUCUAAUGAAAAAGCUGAAAUUUAACUUAAGGGAUGUUCUCUCUCAGACGAAUAUUUAAUAGGAUUUAAUAUGUGA